GAGCGGCCGGCGCUGGAACUGGAGCGAGUCGCUGGGUUACGGCGCCGAGCCGGGGGCAGAGCGCGGGGCCGCCGCCGCCCAGCACAAAGCCGGUGCAUGAAAAAGCAGCUUCCCUGAAGAGCUCUGAGCUCAUGCACAGCCAGGAGAAACUGGAGGCGCCUCAUAAGGAGAAGAGUUUGGAUGCCCUGGAUGGCAGUUUGCAUCUGAAUGAAGCUCUGAAGGAUGAAGAAAUAAAGAAAUGUCUCAGAGAAGCGACACCAAAUAAAUACAACUCGCAGUACCACAAGCUGUUCAAGGACAUCCCCACAGAGGAGAGUGUCUUGAAAGUCUGCUCCUGUGCGCUCCAGAGAGACAUCCUCAUCCAGGGGCGGCUCUACAUCUCCCCCAACUGGCUCUGCUUCUAUGCAAAACUCUUCGGGAAGGACAUCAAGGUGGUUAUCCCGGUGGUCUCGGUUCAAUUGAUAAAAAAGCACAAAACGGCCCGGCUGCUGCCCAAUGGGCUGGCUAUCACCACCAAUGCCAGCAGAAAGUACAUCUUUGUGUCCUUGAUCUCCCGAGACAGCGUGUACGAUGUGCUGAGGAGAGUCUGCACGCACCUACAGGUUUCAAGUAAGAAGAGUUUGAGUUUGAAAGAAUUCACAGACGAACCUGAUUCUGUAUCCCUGGAGGUGAUCGUCCCAGAAGUGAAGUGGAGGAAGGUUUCCCCAGCAUCUCUCUCCCUAUCUCUCCCAGAUGCAGACUACCAGUGCAUCCACCGAGCGUCCAUCAGCAGCCUCAGCACCAAGGAGAGCUCUUUUAAUUCCGAGGAGCCCCUGGUAUCAGAAAGUGCAAUAAACACAGAAGAGGAGGAAUUGGAGGAGGAACCAAACUAUGUAGCAGAGCUGAGACCGUCUGAUUAUCAGCUCUUGAAAAUCUUCAUUGUACUGAUCUGCCUCCUGGUUGUGUCCUCAUCAUAUCUGGCAUUCCGGAUCUUCCGUCUGGAGCAGCAACUCUGCUCUCUGAAUCGGGACUACCUCUCACGCGGGCACCGGAGGUGACCAUCACCCUGGAGCUGUGGCUCACAAUGGACCUUGACAGGAAAAUAGCACUUUGUGUACAGAUCUCCAGGAAGUCCUGCUGGUGAGCGUGGCUGCAAUAUCGAGAGAGUCUGAACCAAGGAUUGCUCAGUCUUUUAUUCCGCGUUAUUUCUGGCUCGCGACGCCUCCCUUUGCAAUGGCAAACCCCCACGUCCCUCCCUCCCUCGGCCUGUUGCGCUGUGGGGUUGGACUGGAGCCCAGCAGGCCAUCCAUGCAGUCACUUCUUCCAAACGACAGCCACCCGUUUGUACCAAACCCGCUCCCAAGCCUUGACUGUUUAUCAGAGCCUUGGGUGCAGCUUCAUUGGACAGUGGCUCAAGCUGCAUCUCCAAUCGGAUUCUGAGCAAGUAAGAACAGUUAGUAGCUCGAUGGUCCAGGAAUCGCCUCUGUUGAGCAUAGAAGGUGCUGCGCCCUUGAUCAGCACAGUUAGGACCAAAUACUGUUGUUUUUCUACCAGCAGAGACUCCUGCUCAAGCAGGGACAGACUGUCAGUAUAACCCUAGCUGCUGCCAGCAGGACUCCCCCUCUUUCAUUUGGCGAGAGCCCGGUGCUAGUGAAACUACAUGUUCUUCCAGGGGCCUUGGCUUUGGCCUAGACGCACGGUCCCCAGAGCCGCAUCACCAUGGUAGCAGGAGACUCUAGCUCUAUGACACCAGCAUUGGGCCAUCGUCGCAUCCAUCGAACGGUGGCACACCAGACUACAGGACAACCGUGGAUCUCAGUAAGUGAGAAGCCCCGGAAGCAGAGACUGACCCUCCCUACGGAGCUCAGGAUUGGGGACACAGCUGAGGCAUGUUCUGUUCUCCCAGAACACACAUCCCACACUCAGCUAGUUCUCCUCAGGACGGAUUUCCUCUUGCCCUUUGGGGUUUCCACAUUACCCUUCCACACUGGGCCUUGGCCUAGCCGGGUCCUGAAAUGCAUCUCUGCUUAGGUGCCAGUGUUCAUACGCGGGCAAUAGCUCAGUUACAGUACUUGUCAUAACAACUUUCAGUGUAAAAGUUACAGCUCCAGCGAAAUGCCAGACAGGAGUUAGUGCUCCUGGCCCGAUACCUGCUGAAGUCAGGUUCUUUAGGUGGCAAUAGCAGACUGUUAGUCACGGGGAUUCUUGUGCAACUCGCAUCCCCUGUGAAGCUAGUGUGCGCAGCAUAGAUCAUGUUUAACUGCCCCAUGUCCCUUCCAAAACGUACCCCGGUCCCUGUGCCAGCGUUCCUUCAGGGCAGAAGAGAGGUGAAAAUAAAGGGAUGAGGUGGCUCCCUAACCCCAAAGCCCAGCCCCACCCAGCGCUGUGCAGAGUACAUGCCAUGCUGUAAUAAUGCACUCUGCCGUGCUGGGCAAUCCAGGGAAAGGGCAGCCCGCCUGUCCGCAAGCGGAUGCAAAGCAAGGCUGACCUGCACUGGGUAGGGUUCAGCAGUGGGGAGAUGAACAGGCUAGAAUAAGACCCUCUCAUUUGGCUCCUUGAGGAGGCCAGAGGAAAAGUUUUGAGCAAGAUUCAGGAGGGCUGUUUGAAAGGCACCUGCACUUUACAGGCAAUACGGAAUUUGGCCAGCAACCAGCAGUGCUGAAUCCGAACUUGGAGUGACAGUUGUCUGAUGGCGGUGCCAGGCACACUAUGCUCUCCACACAGGGCUCCUCAGCACCCCAAGUUUCUAACCACAGGAGAAGGCUGUAUGGGAGCACCCCCAAAGGAGAGUUGAGAGCUGGGCCUGGGCGGGUGGUCUGUAGUAGGAUGUAGCCCUGCUGCGAUCAGGAGCCAGCGAACACCUUAGAUGAGGCAGGAGAAAUAGCUGUGUCUGUGUUCCCCUGGAAGCUCUGUGUCGUCAAUAUCUAAAUGAAACUUCCAGUGCUCUUUGGCCUGAUGCAGCGCCGUCCCUGGGGAGUGUGGGGACUGAGCAGAAACCCUGCUGCGCAUGGGGGACAAUGGAGCUGAGGGGGAUGGGAUGGGAGGCAUGAGUGCAAUGCUGGAAGGUUUUGGAAGACAAUGGAGCUGCCUGGGCUGAUGCAUAUUAAGAGUCCAGCCUGCUUAGCGUUCUAGAAGCACCUCUCACACAGCCACUGUAACCGUGCACUUUAGGACCCUGAUCCAAAGUCCAUGGAAAGAUUCGCAUUGGGUCCAGCAGGCUUUGGAUCAGCCCCUCAUUCCCCUCACACUAAAUAAAGCUGUCUCUCUGUGUGAAGCGCUUUGGGAUCACAUGGAGCGAAAGGUGGGAGACAGACACAAUACGGUGCAAGCAGCACCAGGACGCGGCACUCCCCUCACACCAGCAAGCAGCUCGUGUAACUCUGGCAUCAGGGUGCCCGGGACUCCCUCAGUGAGUCGUUCCAGAAGGGAUGUGCCCAGCAGUUGUGCGUAGGCUGCUGGAGAGUGGCCGUGCUGCCGGCAAUACUCACCAAUCCCCUCUUCUCCGGUGUGUGUGUGUCUGUGUGCAUCAGGCAUCCGGUCUUUGGGUUGAUUGUGUUUGAAAGCGCUGCUAAAACAAAGUGCCACGUCACCUGUGAGCUGUGCAGGGAGCUGUGUCCUGCCUUCGCUCUCCUCCCCUCUCCCCCCACUUCCCAUCCUGCCCCGGCAGCCAAUCUUACAGAGGAGAGGAACACAGCUAGCAAGGAGGGCGUGAGGACUGGCCGGAGCGCAACAAAGUGCCAGGAAAUGCUGCUUUAUGCCCGGGAUCAUUUCUGGGGGGUACGGUCUGACUCACUCUCUUGCACAAAUGACAACUCAGCUUUUCGGAGUACGAAUCUCUUUCAGUGUUUAACAAAGAAACCUCCAGUGACGUUAACCCACGCUCCUGGGGAUGAGGUCCCAGCGAGCGGUGGGGAGUGGGCUCGCUUUGCAGAUAGCACUCUGCUCCUCCAUCGCUGGAACUUUUUGCCUGCGGAUUGGCCAUCACAGUUGUUCUUGCACAUUUGCCUGGCUCAGGACUGCUCCCGGCUUUCACCCCAUCCCCUAUAAACACUGACAUCAGGACCCCUGCAGCUGGCGGAGGUGCACAUUGACCAUGUUAGCCACAGCUCUUGAAAUGCGGCGAUAGUACUGGCAGCUUCCUGACAGCAGCAGGAUGCCUGGGGGAGAGACAGGGCUGCAGUGGAUGUAGCCAUGUCUGCUGUGUUGCAUGGUGCCAUGAGGGAGGAGAACUGUGAUGCGGACUCCUGCUUCAAAGCACAGCGCUCGCAGAGCGGUGAAGGGGGCUUUGCAGGCGGCGGCAGGACUUGCAGAAAAAGAACGACAUGCUCCAUGGCCUAACCUCUGUGUGUCUGGGCUGAGCUCAUUCAACUGCCAUUAACCUCACAACUGCUGCAGGGUCAGCAGCUGCUUCUGCUCCAUUGCCAUCAGCUCCAGGGCUAAGCAGGGCUCCCGCAGCAGGAUUCAAACACUCCCCUCUGGAGGGGUAGGACCAUAUGACGAGCUUAUUGAAGACUUGGGAUCUGUUUGAGUAGCAUGCUCGUCCCAAGGCCUUUGUUAGGGGUGGGCAGUGCAGUGCAGAACUAGGGGUGCCAUCAUGUGUUCCUGUCACGGCUAGCUGGGGGCUAGCGUGGUGGGUGGGGCUGGGACUCCACUCGUCACUGCGCAGAGAGAGGUUUCCAAGCACUAGCAUUUGGAGGUAACUGAGGAUUUGGGAGCUCUCCUGAUCCCCCUCCCAUUGCAGCUGUUUUCCACUGAAAGCACCGAUAAUGUAGUAUCCGAUAUAGGUUUUUAUACCCCACUCCUCACCAUAGUCUGUGGGCACCUUCCAGUUGGGCAUUAAGCAAUGUGACUAUGCAUCUGUCCCGUGUUUGUUCUCCUAUCCUCGUCCCAGAGGGAGCGGCACAUGCAGGGGAGUGUCUUGUUUUGGUAGGGGUGUUUUUAAUCUUAUUUUUAUUAAAUAAAGACACCAUUGCAGAAUGGACGUCAAAGAAACGCACCUUGCACUUGGAGCAGAGAGUGGCGAGGUUUGUGGUAGCCCUUUGUCCCUGGCUGGGGGAGUUCAUUGCACAGGCUCAGACUGCAAAGAUGACCUUUACUCUUGUUAUGGUUCCAUUGUGACAGAGGAGCAAAGUUGUCAACCAAGGUCUUCAUCCCAGAGCUUAAAUGGUCUUUUAGAUACCCUGGCACAGUCCGUGGAAUGUUUUGAAGAUAAGGACUCAGCCUUGAACUUGAGUGGAAAUGCUAGGGGAGCCAGGGUAGAGAGGAGAGGAAAGGUGCUCGCAGCAGCUGUGGUGCUGAGAUGUGCUGCAGUGUUCUGUACUCGUCGGAGUUCCCUAAGCACUGCAGGUUUCAUGCCCAGGUGUAUUGCAUUGCAUUCAGGUGUAUUGCAUUGCUGCAGGCCAGCUGAGCGGUGACGAAGGUGUGAAUAACUGAGGCCAGGACUGAUGGGAUGGUGUGUCCUAGCCAGCCGGAGGUGGUGGAAAGCGUUACAACCACUGUGACAUGCGAGCUUGUUGUCAGUGAGGAAUCCAGGAGUACUCCUAAGUCGAUGGACUGAAAUUGACCAAUUGUGGGUGUGAACUUCAGCCAAAGGAGACUCCACCAUGGCUGAAAACUCUUCAAAAUACAUUCCCCCACCCUGCAGCAUCACCUCUCUUUUUCUUGGGUUUAGCAUCAACCAGCUGUUCUUCAUCCAUGAGCUGAUCUCAUCAAAGCAUUGGGUCAUCUUGGUGGUAGGCAUGUGGUCGUAUGUACUGAACAAUAGGUAUAGCUGUGUGCCAUUGGCAUAUUGUUGGCACUUGAGUCCAUGUCAUCCGAGCAGUAGGAUAUAGAUGCCAAAAGGGACCAGUGAGGGAAUUGAUCCUUGUGAAAACCCCAAGUGAGGAGUCUAGUGAUAGAGGUGCAGUUGCCCAUUUCUGCUCUUUGGGUGUGUUUGUACAGGAAGGACUCAGGCCAUUUUACCUCAUUACCCUGGACUACAGUCCUCUCUUUCAGGCCAGACAGCAUAUCUCACGGUCAUCUGUGUCGAACACUGUAGAGAGGCCCAGGAGGAGGAGAAUGGCUUUCUGCCCACUGACAGCAGGAGAUCACCCAUCAGUGCCACUAGGCCAGUUUCAUUUCCGUGUCCUGGCCUGAAUCCACAUUGUGCAAGGUCUAGAAUGUUAACUUCAGUUAGACGAUCUUGUAAUUUGGCCUUUUGCUAGCUUCUCUGCGAGCUCAGGAACAGGAGGUUUGACACUGGGCUGGGACUGAACUAAAUUCAGACUGGAGACUUUUCUAGCUGCAAUUUAGCCUUCAGUUGUCAUCCAAUCAUUCCAUUUUUUACUUUUGGCAUUCAUUUAUUUUACUUUUUUAGGUGCAAUUUUUUGUCCUUCUCCCCUCCAGUCUUGUUGUCACUAAAAUGGAGAGCUCUAAGCUGGGAUGCCAGAGCUACUCCAGCAGGAGAACAGGACUUUAUUUCCUCUUUUUACAUCCCUUUCUGCAACCCGCUCCAGUAUACCUCUGAAUGCCACAUGCUAGCUGCCAGUCACAAGUUUGCUCAGAUCCUCUGGGAGAUGGGAUGUGAGCACACAAUCCUUUAGAAUUUUAUAACGGUAUUUAUUAUCUUUAAAGAGCCGGGAAAUGUAUCCCAAGGCAAUAGCCCAGAGAUGAGCAAAUAUUAAAGCUCUCAGUGAUGAGCCAGUAACUUCCCAAGACCUCAUCUUCCUGAGCUGGGAUGCAAGGAGGAGAAUAGGGACCAUCCCAUGAGCUAUGUGAUUGGGAGACGAGAGAGCUCUGCUGGGGCCCUUUGAACAGUCCUCAUAGCUGCAUGUUCACGCCCUAUCUCCUAGUGACUGGCUUGCACACUCAAGUAGCUAGUCUCUGAGGGCGUCUCUACACUGCAAUUAAUCCACAGCUGCCCUGUGACUCAGGCUUUGGGGCUGUUUAAUUGUGGUGUAGAUGUCCAGGCUCAUGCUGCAGCCUGAGGGUCCAAGAGCCUGGGCUGCACCCUGAGCCUGAAGGUCUACAUGGCAAUUAAACAGGCCUGCAGCUGAGCCUCAGGAGCCCAAGUUGGCGGGCACAGGUCAGCUGCAGGUGUCGAAUGGCAGUGUGGACACACCCUGAAAGGCUCAGCAGGCGGAUCAGCCAUUGUGUGGGGCAGCAAUAGCUUUGUAGUGGAUAAAUAGGGUGUGGGCACUGAGGUGUUCAGUGUGUGCGCUGGCUAACCGAUUCUGCCACUUGCUUUAGCUUUGCACCAAGCAGCCGUUCUUCGCCCCUUUUCAGACUUGCUGAACCUGAUCCUGUUUUGAUGUCUACCCAUUGCCGAUGUUAAACACUCUGGUUAGUGAAGGACCCGUGCAAAUUGGCCAGGUGCAGUAGUAGGUGGGUUUGCCAUCCUCUGACGCACAAGGAAUCUUGGCUGCUCGUGGAGACAGGAUACUGGACUCUGAUCUAAUCCUGUGUCCCUAAGGAAGCUCUUGGUCCUGCUGUUGCCCUCUGUGUCUUGGGUGUUUUGUUUUGGGGUGGAGGAGAAUGUUUGCAAAUGUUUCACACUAGUGAAAUGAGUGUCCCUGAUCUGCCAUGAUGCACUUCUUACCCUGAGUUGCGUCCUCUAACCAGCAGCUGCAAGGCAUUGCAGACAUAAGAGCAGCCUGGUUUCUGUAAGCUCCCAGAUAGAUCACAGUGAAAUCACUCAAACAGGCAUUUUACCUGCCUCCACCACCUGAGACUGGCCCUCUCCCACUGAAGUAUUAAUGUCAAUGAGUGCAGCAGCAGGCAGUCAGACGGGCUGUAACCUCAGCCAAGGAGGAAAUACCCUUUAGCACUGCCAGCGUGGUCAGGCUGAAGUGAAAGUGACAAGACCUGGGGUAGGAAUGGGCCAGUAGAUGUCACAAUCUUGUAGCAUGGGGGAGGAUUCCAUUCAGACACACCAUUCUCCCUCCUAGGAGGCUGGGGACAAAGGCUGGACCCACUCUUGGUCCUUGUGGCCAAAGGAAGGGGAGGAGCCAGGGCGGAGCUAAUGAUGCAGUCAUGAAGCUCCUUUUGAGGAGCUGGGAUCUGUCCCUGGUCUGGAGCCACAUCUUGCUGCGCCAGUCACUUGUACAGUAUUUUUGUGAGUCACGUGCAAUCUCGGUGCGAUUUUUACCCUUACUCUUCACUCCAGCCUGCCUAAGGAGUGUGUGCUGAUGCAGCACCACAGCUGGGAACUCUAAGUACUGAUGCAUCAAUGACUGGGGAAGGCAGCUGAAGUCGGUGCAUGCACAGCCCAGCCUUGCUGCUUCUAUCUUUAUCUCUAUUGUAAUCCAGAAGUCUUUAUAUAGAUCCAGUGAAUGGUUCAUGUCCUUUCUGCCCCCACUCUCAGUUGUAUAACUACACCUGUUGGCCAGCGGGUGACAUCUGGGGCAUAGAUGCUGUCUUGCUGUAGCCUGUGAACAUAUUUUAAAUAAAAACCGACAUUUUCUAAUGUGCCAGUGUCUGAGAAGUGGUUACUGUCUUUCUGCACAUGGAGAACUCAAGCAGGGGAAAAUACGUAGAAGCAAAUCUGAGUUUCGCUGCCCUGUUGUCUCAUACUGUCAUCCUGUAGGUUACAAACCAAGCAGGGCAUGGGCAAAGCAUGGAUGGGAAGUCUCAAGGAAGACGCCGACAUGGCAGGGAGUGGUGAUGGUGGCUCAGUGAGUAGGGCCCUUCUUGCUCUGGGUCUGUACUGAACCACGGCUGGGCUGCUGCAGGAGGCCCUGGCCAUUCAUUACUGGAAGCCCUGUAGUGCUCAUGUCUCAUGGGUCGUGCCUGGGAUCCUAGCUGCUACGGUGAUGCCGAUAAUAACAAUUAGCUCCCAGCGUAGCAGGCAGCAUGGCUGGGGCCAGGGGCCCGGAACACACGAGUUCCAGUCCUGGCUCAGUCAGUGCUGUGCUGUGUGCCCAGUAGGCGUAGAGCCGGCAGUGUAGCUGGCCACUGUAUCUCCCUCACUGCACCCCUGGGCUGAUAGAGGAGGGGGUGGCUGCCACUGCGAUCCUGAGCUUGGCUGGAGCACCUGGGAACUGCAACUGGUGGUUGAUUCUUGGCUUCUUCUACCCCCUAGGCUACCCUCUCUUUUGGGCUGCCUGGACGUGAGCUAGGGUAGCCAACCUUGCCAGAGGCUUCCCCAGGCUCAGGCAGAGCCAGAAGAUCACCGGGGCUUCCACCAUCCAGUAGGGAAGAAGGCAAAGGAGCAGAGCUCCUGUACUACAGCUGGUGGCUGCGGGGGAGCUGCUGAGCAGCAGCGGGGAAGAGAAGCAGCUGCUGGGAGUGCUCCUGGCUCACGUCCUGGGGCUGCAGUGGAGGUGGCAGCAUCCCCUUCCUGGCUGCCAGGCCUGAUUCUUCUGGUUAAGAACAACAGGUCACAGCUCAGGGACACAUAGUCAUAAUCAACUGCACGUUUUCUUCUUAGCACGGUUGGCCAGACAGCCCCAGGCUGGGGCCAGAGAGGUGGUAUGGCUAUGGUGCUUUGGCUCUAUAAAUCCUCGCCCUUAAUGGGAGGAGAUACAGGCGUGAGGGAACAUUCAUUGGAAGGAAUGCAGCGUCCAGGCUCUGAGCGCAGAACCACCCUCCCAUUGAUAAGGAAAGGAAACUAGCUUAUUUCUUGUAAUGCAGACAAGAAAGGAAGUGUUUGUCGAAUGCCUGGGAGAUUUGCUGGUUAGCCAUUGGCUUCUCCCCUGUUGCCAUGAUACUGAAUAGCCCAUGAAAGCUUAUGCCCAAAUAAAUUUCUUAGUCUCUAAGGUGCCACAAGGACUUCUCAUUGUUUUUGCUGAUACAGACUAACACGGCUAUCACUCUGAAACUCCAAUCCAUCGGUGAUCUUCCUGAUAACACCAUCCUGGCUACUAUGGAUGUAGAAGCCCUCUACACCAACAUUCCACACAAAGAUGGACUACAAGCCGUCAAGAACACUAUCCCCGAUAAUGUCACGGCUAACCUGGUGGCUGAACUUUGUGACUUUGUCCUUACCCAUAACUAUUUCACAUUUGGGGACAAUGUAUACCUUCAGAUCAGCGGCACUGCCAUGGGUACCCGCAUGGCCCCACAGUAUGCCAACAUUUUUAUGGCUGAUUUAGAACAACGCUUCCUCAGCUCUCGUCCCCUAAAGCCCCUACUCUACUUGCGCUAUAUUGAUGACAUCUUCAUCAUCUGGACCCAUGGAAAAGAAGCCCUUGAGGAAUUCCACCAUGAUUUCAACAAUUUCCAUCCCACCACCAACCUCAGCCUGGUCCAGUCCACACAAGAGAUCCACUUCCUGGUCACUACAGUGCUAAUAAACAAUGGCCACAUAAACACCACCCUAUACCGGAAACCUACUGACCGCUAUUCCUACCUGCAUGCCUCCAGCUUUCACCCUGACCACACCACACGAUCCAUCGUCUACAGCCAAGCUCUGCGAUACAACCGCAUUUGCUCCAACCCCUCAGACAGAGACAAACACCUACAAGAUCUCUGUCAAGCUUUCUUACAACUACAAUACCCACCUGCAGAAGUAAAGAAACAGAUUGAUAGAGCCAGAAGAGUUCCCAGAAGUUACCUACUACAGGACAGGCCUA